UUUCUUCCGCAGAUCCCGGAUGUGGCGAUUUCCUCGGCGGCGGCGGAGCUCCCCGCGCGCGCCUCCUCUCCCUUCGCUCCCGCGGUCGCGCUCGCCUCCGCUCCCUCCGCCCCCGCGCUCGCGCUCGCGUGCCCGCUCCUCUAUCAACCACCACGCCUCUAUCGACCCACCCGAAGGCCGAAGCAGAGCUGUUCGACUCGCCCAGUACACACGACGCGACUCGACGCCAAGCGCAAGCCAAAGCCUACCCCCAGCCGCGGCCCCGAUCCCCCACCUCACCGGCGAUGAGCUCCUCCUCCAACGGCGGGAAGAAGCCGGCGACCGGCAGUGGCGGCGGGGGCCCCACCAUCCGCACGCUCGCCGACAUCAACCGCGGGCCCGCAGGCUUCCCCGGCCCCGGGGGCAGCGGCAGCGACUCCGACGAGCCCCAGGAGUACUACACCGGCGGCGAGAAGAGGGGUCGAAGCAACACCACCGACCUCCAUGAUUUCUCCGUUGAUGACUUCCUAGCUGAGAAGGAAAUUAUAGAUGACGUUGUCAACGAAGCAACCAAAAUUUUGAAGCAUAGCAUCGAAGCUCUCCAAAAAGUGCCAUAUGAUCCUCAAAGUGGUCCGAGGAAGUAUAUCAUUGUUCUAGUAUUCUAGUGCUUGAGUUAACAAAUACAUAUGGCUACACAAUCGCAUGGAGCACUAUAUCACCAUAUCAUGCUAGCAGUAAAUGUUAUGGAUGGUCUAAGAAACUGUGAAGUGUACAGUUUCAUUCACUA